CCCCUGUUUUAGGUCAAUCAAAUAGCUGUUUCACGAUUGGCUGAAUUAAAGGCUAAGUAAACUGUGGUUAUUGUUUUUGCAUGGACACUUGAGAAAUAAAGUAACAAAGGAAAUAUUGUGUUUUUCGUCGUUUUAAGUGUUUUGGCCUGCACUAAAGGCAUGUUGCCUUCAAGUACCUUCUAAAUGCAACAUACGCCAGCUAAUUUGUCACUAUUGAAGGGGGCCUCUUCCGGUCACGCGGACCCAUCAUGUAUCGUGCCAAACCAACCCUGAAGGACCGACAGCACCUGUACAGGCUUAUCAUAAGCCAGCUGCUCUACGACGGAUACACCAACAUCGCCAACACUCUCAUCACUGAGGUCAAACCACAGAAUGUAGUGUCGCCCUCUGAACAGCUCAUGCAGCUGGCAAAGAUAGGGAUGGAGAACGAUGACAGUGCAGUUCAGUACGCCAUCGGGCGCUCAGACACAGUGGCGCCAGGUGUGGGCAUUGAUCUGGAGUUUGAUGCCGAUGUGCAGACCAUGUCCCCUGAGGCGUCGGAGUACGAGACCUGCUACGUGACGUCCCAUAAGGGCCCGUGCCGCGUCGCCUCAUACAGCCGCGAUGGCCAGCUGAUUGCCACUGGCUCUGCGGACGCUUCCAUCAAGAUCCUGGACACGGAACGGAUGCUGGCCAAGAGCGCCAUGCCUAUUGAGGUGAUGAUGAAUGAGACGGCGCAGCAAAACAUGGAAAAUCACCCCGUGAUUCGGACACUGUAUGACCACGUAGACGAGGUCACCUGCCUCGCCUUCCAUCCCACUGAACAGAUUCUAGCCUCUGGCUCAAGAGAUUACACCCUCAAGCUGUUUGACUACUCCAAGCCCUCUGCAAAAAGAGCAUUUAAAUAUAUACAGGAAGCCGAAAUGCUGCGUUCAAUCUCCUUCCAUCCAUCGGGCGACUUCCUGCUGGUGGGAACGCAGCACCCCACCCUCCGCCUUUAUGACGUCAACACCUUCCAGUGCUUUGUGUCCUGCAACCCGCUGGACCAGCACACGGACACCAUCAGCGGCGUGGGCUACAACCCCAGCGCCAACAGCUACGUCAGCUGCAGCAAGGACGGCAGCAUCAAGCUGUGGGACGGCGUCUCCAACCGCUGCGUGACCACCUUCGAGAAGGCCCACGACGGAGCCGAGGUGUGCUCCGCCAUCUUCUCCAAGAACUCCAAGUACAUCCUGUCCAGCGGCAAAGACUCCGUGGUCAAACUGUGGGAGAUCUCCACUGGCCGGACCCUGGUCAAGUACACAGGGGCGGGGCUGAGCGGCCGUCAGAUGCAUCGCACUCAGGGCGUGUUCAACCACACGGAGGACUACGUGCUGCUGCCGGACGAGCGCACCAUCAGCCUGUGCUGCUGGGACUCACGCACGGCUGAGAGGAAAAACCUGCUGUCUCUGGGACACAACAACAUCGUCCGCUGCAUCGUCCACUCGCCCACCAACCCCGGUUUCAUGACCUGCAGCGACGACUUCAGGGCCCGCUUCUGGUACCGCCGCACCACCACAGACUGAGGCGUGUCCCGCCUCCACGCUCCUACACCUCCUAUCCCCUCUCACUUCAUCUACACUUGUCUUAGAAGUAAUGGGGAUGCUGGAC